UGCUGUUGCGAGGCUAAUUUCUUGUCCGGGGCUGUGAAUUUUCGCCGGAAAGCGUUCCGUCUAGGUGUCACGAGUGGACUGUACUGUCUUCUCCGGUAAUUGGCCCGCUUCCAACCGGUCAUCUACAAGGCCUUUGAUACCAUAAGGUCGCCACAAGCCCAGAUAUGGCCGGCUCGAAUAAGCGCAAGCGCGCUGAUGCUGGGAAUUCCGAUGAUGAAGACCCGGUUAAAGGCGCUUCGAACGCAGAUGCUGCCUUCGGAGUCGGCGAGACUUUAUCUCGUCUCCAAUCGUCCAAUAGUCCCACGGAAGACACAGAGUCGGCAGCGCAAUCGGGCGAAAAGUCGAAGAACCAGGACGACAUGCCGUCGAAAAGACCGACUAAGAAAAGAGGAAUAGAUGGGGAAAAGACAAAGUACCCGCAGCUCACUUAUGUCGAAGGCCGGCUGCAAUCCUCCAUUCGCAUCGCAGAUUUGCAAAAUCUAUUACUCUACUGCUUUGCCGAUGGCAUCGCGCCGCAGUGGAUCUCGAUUAAACACUCGCCUCGUGUCCGUAAAAUCGUGGUCUUGAUGGUUCCGGGAUUGGAAUUGGGCAUGUUCGAUGGGACAAUCCCCCUGCAGGCACCGGAGGACAGCGGCAAGGACACCGAUGCUCCGGCAGAACAGGAGGGCGCCAUGGAUACCGAGGGAACGGAUGAGGACCCCAAAAAGGCUGACUUCCAACGGUGGAAAAAAGGACUCCCCCCACAGGAUCGAUCACACCAGUUCAAUCCCCGCGCCUUGUCGCGCGACAACUUACCUGAGCCGCUGCAGCCCUUAGCAGAGUUGUUCCCUCAUGUCUGGCCGGUGAAAGCUCCCGGUGAUUCGAAAUACAACAAAGUACAUUCUCCACUCCAGGCCAUCCUAUUGUCUGCUUUACCCAAAAACAAGGAAAGCAAUGGUACCAAGGGCCCGAAACAGGCGAAGAUGGAUAAGACCUUCGUCCCUAAACGAACGCCGAUUACGAAUUUCAUCAGUAGCCUUGAGGAUCUUCGCGAAAAUGACUACGUCCUUCACCCGGCUCUUCUAUCGACGGAUCAGGAGAAGGAAGAGCUUGCCGAAAGUCGCAAACGGCUCGGCCAGUCCGUUGAUGAUGGGUGGGUAGACACGCACGUCAACAGCCUAGAAGAAGGCAACGUACCCGAGACAGAGAUCCAGCAAGGAAGUAUGACGGCUGGCCGGGAGGUCCUGGCCAUGGACUGCGAGAUGUGCGUCACGGAAGGCGGCAAUUCGGAGCUCACGCGCAUCAGCUUGAUCCGCUGGGACGGUGAAGUCGUGCUCGACGAGCUUGUGCAACCGCGACUGCCCGUGAUCGACUACCUAACGCGAUUCUCUGGAAUCACGAAAGAAAUGCUGGACCCCGUGACGACCACCCUCGCCGACAUCCAGCAAAAGCUCCUUUCCAUCUUCACCCCCCGUACGAUCUUAGUCGGCCACUCUCUGAACUCCGAUCUAACCGCCCUCAAACUCACUCACCCCUUCAUCGUCGACACCACCUUCAUCUACCCGCACCCUCGCGGACCUCCCCUCAAAUGCAGCUUGAAAUGGCUCUGCCAGAAGUACCUCGGCAAGGAGAUCCAAAAAGGUCAAACCGGCCACGACUCCAUCGAAGACUCCGUCGCCGUGCUUGACCUCGUCAAACAGAAAUGCGAGAAAGGCGAGCGAUGGGGCACCAGCGAGGCCUCGAACGAGAGCAUCUUCAAGCGUCUCGGGCGGUCCCCCCGGCCCGGCAAGACCUCCACGGCCGACGAUGCCGGCCGCACCGGCGCCGUAGUCGACUGGGGCGCACCCGAGCGCGGCUUCGGGUCGCAGGCGACCGUCGCGAUCGGGUGCAGCGACGACGAGGAAGUCGCGCGCGGGAUCUCCUCCGUCGUGAACGGCGACGCAUCCCGGGCCUCCAUCCCCGGCGACGGCGUCGACUUCACCUGGGCCCGCAUGCGCGAGCUUGAAAUGCACCGAGGCUGGUGCAACCGCAUGCCGGACCCCAACAAGGCCAACGAAUCCACGACGCUGGUCCCUCCUCCCGAAGAAACCACGCCCACCGGCCCGACUGCCGCCUCGGAUCCCUCAUCCUCCUCGACGACUGCCGACCUGCAAGGCCUCUCGGCCAUGGUCGCGCGAACCACCGCGAACAUCCAGCGUGUGUACGACUCCCUGCCCCCUUGCACCUUGUUCCUCGUGUACUCUGGGACCGGGGACCCGCGCGAAGUCAGCCGUCUGCAAGCCAUGCACAAGACGUUUCGCGACGAGUACCAGUCGCGGAAGCCGUGGGAUGAGUUGAGCGUGAAGUGGACGGAUACCGAGGAGCAGGCAUUGAAGAAGGCGUGCGAGAGGGCUCGCGCGGGGUGUGGAUUUAUAAAAAGCCUUCUGACAACUGUAGGCUUCCUCAGGAUACUGCCGCUUUAG